AUGGAGCUUUUACACUAUACUAAAUUUAUCCAACCUAUUACUGAAUUUGAGAGUGAAAGAGCCAGAGCAAUUGUAAGACUUAUUCGGUUAGCUCGAAACCUGUUCGAUGAAGUUCCUCAAAGGGAUUUUACUUCUUGGUUUGCUCUCAUAUCUGAAUAUUCUCAAAGUGGGUUUGAAGAAGAAGCAAUCAUGCUUUUUGAUCAAAUGCUGCUAUCAGGUUGGAAGUGUACUGAAUUAAUUUUUCCCAGUGUUAUUAAAGCGUGCUCUAUUACUAAGAAUUUGAGCAAAGGGAAGCAAAUUCAUGGGAUUGUGAUUGCUACAGGGUUUGAAUUUGAUGUUUUUGUUGCAAAUAGUUUGGUUUUUAUGUAUGAGAGUUGUGGUGUGUUCAUAGAUUCAAGGAAACUCUUUAAUGAGAUGCCUGAAAAGAGUGUUGCUUCUUGGAAUGCUUUGCUUUCUAGUUAUGCAUGGAAUGGUCGUGGCAAAAAGGCACUUGAUUUGUUUCAAGAAAUGGUUAGGAGUGGAAUUAAGCCAGAUGAACGUUGUCUAUGGAGUAUCGUACAUGCCUCUACGGGUUGUGGAAAUUAUAUCCAAGGGAGGAGAGCUCAUGGGUUUCUUAUAAAACUCGGGUAUGAUUCUGAUUCACAGUUGGUUAAUGCUCUUGUGCAUCUAUAUAAAAGUGCAGGUGAAGCUGCCAUGGUAGUUUCUCUAAAAAAGCGCUCAAUGUGA